AACAUCAAAAACAGAAUCUGUCAAUCAAACCCACUAGUCAAUUAAACAUUAAACAAUAAAAUAGAAAAUGGACAUAAAAAAGCAAUAAAUACCUUUUAAUCUUUCCUUAUUCCUAAAAUCUGACCGCAAAAUUAAACAGUAUGCUAUAACAUCUAUACAGCAAUUCCAUAAUGUGCAAAUUUUGACUGAAAAACACCGGAAUCCGUGGUAACCAAGCAAAAUGAGGGGAGACGACGAUGAAGAAGAAGAGUCAAGCGUGAACGCGACUCGGUAUCCUUGCAUGCCGUCCCUGGUGGCGUUACAGCAGAUGAGGAACCGGCUCCACCUGGCCCAUCUCGGCAAGAAGCUGAUGAAAUGGACUGCCAUGGCCACCGGUCGCGAGCUGAGGAGGCUCGCUGGCGAGAUUGACGAAACAUACAAGAACUUUGCUGAAGACAUGCGGUCCGCCUUCAUGUUGUUGGCCAGGGGAAGAUAUUUCUACCCUAACAUGAACAACACGGUGUUGGAAAAUGUGGCAUUAGCUGCAUGCGUCACUGUGGCGACAUCUUCCAAGUCGAUAUCUGGCGUGAAGGUCCUGCAGUUGGAAGUUAUAGAAACAGGAUUCAAGCCGUACCCACACCUGGGCAUAGAGAAGGGUGGACAGACGAUCCAGGGCGCGAAGAAGGCGUGGCUGGACCUGCUCAAGAGGCUCAUCAUAAUGUUGCAGCAGAGGACAAGCUUCUACCAGCUGGAGCAGGCCCACAAGAGCGCUACCAAGAGAUGGAACGUCCUGAGAAAGAUAGUUAUACCAAGACUAAAAAACACAAUAAAAUACGUCAUAUGCGAAAUAGAUGAAAUAGAAAGGGAAGACAUGUUUAGACUUAAAAGAUUUAAACAAAUGAAAACAAAGAGACAAAAAGACGACGCCGGUGAACACGUAUGUAGUUGUUGCCGAUCGAUGUUCGCAGCUGAUAAAAAAAUCAUAGAGACAGUAUGUCCACUAUGUAAGACAGCUGAAAAAAUAAAACCCAAACCGUCAGAAUUAAAACUUAAUAUAGUUCCGUGUAAAAGUGAGGACAAUCUUAAAGAAAACAAAAAACGUUUAGAACAUCUUAUGUCUCACAUCGAUGACGUGAUUGAUCUCUCAAAACAGUACAAAAUGGAAGGAAUUAUUUCACCGAGUAUAGAAAAAUUUAUCAGAUCAUGCAGUCAAGUAAAAGAGAAAAUCGAAGAUUAUGCUAACGCUCAGCCUCUUUGUGAUUUGUGUCGAAAGGCUUUAGGUAGUACGGGUAAAAUAUCUGCAUCAAAAAUUGGUACUUCUGAAUCUAUGAAUCUGCCCUGCUCGAGUGAUAGACCCACGGAGGAACCACCGUGUUUUGACAGCACUUAUAAUCUUACUCCAGAAACAGACGAUAAGCUUGGCCAUUUCGAGAAAAAGUUUAAAGAAAUCGUAAAAAUAACGCGUUUGCAAAAUGAGGACGGAACUAUUAGCGAAGAAAAACAAGUGAUAACAAUUAAAACGGAGAGAAGAAACCCUCGCAAACCUAAGAAUUUUGAUGCAACCGCAAGCAGUGAAAUGUUUGAUAAUGGUGGAGGUGGAGGUGGUUACGGGGGUGAUAGUAGAAGUUCAUACCACCCAGGUCCUAAACAAGCGAAAUCUGAACAUUGUUGUAGAAGCCAACAAAUGUCGGAGCCGAAACUGCGGUCAUGUAUGUCUGAAUAUCAUCCUAAAUCUUCGCCAAAUAAAGAUGAGGUUACAUAUUUUGAUGGAGGUUAUUGUUUUUCCGUAAAAAAUUCUAGAGUAACUUUACCUCCAGAAGCAACACCUCAAAAGGGUUCUGGUAAAAUGUCAGUUUCAACAUCGCUUGAAACUUGUUGUCCAAAGAAGUCAGCGUCCGUUUGUGGCGGUGAAUUAUCCCAGUCUUACUUACAAGGAUUACAAAAAGCGGUUUCUAAUGCCUCCGUACAAGCAUGUUGCAAAGAAAUAAAGGUUAAGAAAUCAAUAGAAGAUAGAGGUACGUGUUGUCUUCCAACUUGUAAAGGAGAUGAGGACUGUCCGGAUAAACAGGAAAAACAAGACGAAAAAAUAAAAACUACUGCAACUGAUGCUGUGUGGAGAGAUACUUGGACAUCUAGCACUGAUUUAAACACGACACCGAGCAAAGCUACCAGCUUAAAAUCACCAGGCGUUAGUUUUAAUAAUAAAGACCCCAAUAAAGAUUCCGACCAAGACGAAUCGUUCAAACGCGCUGAAAGUUGUUGCACUAUUAAGAUUAUAAUGAAGCCACCCAAAGUUUGCUCCUUUGAAGAAAAACUAGCAAAGAAAAAACAAGAAGCGGAGGCCCAAAAAGAAGUUGUUUUAGGAGGAUCUAUGUUUGAGUCUCUGAAGAGAAUGAUUUUACCAUCUUAUCCAUCACCAUCACAAAUUGAACCUACUAGCGAGUUGGAGAUUAAAAACAUAUGCAAAAACUGCAUAUCAAAAUUGCAAAGUGGUGUCCCAUCGCAAAAAUCUUCAAUGUCAAGUAAACGAUGUCAAGUAGAAGUUGUGGUUCCAGAAAAAACACCCAGUUGUCCGUCUUGCGGCACCUUGGCAAUGUCCCAAUCUUCUGAUGUUGCUUCAAACAAAAGCAUAGGCGUUGGUUCUUGCACUGAAUAUUGUAUAACAUGUACUAAGUCACCUACGCCGUCUAUGCACAGUCAGAAACACAUUUGCUGCUUGUCAAAAAUGAGCUCUGAUACCUCAUUUGUUAGCACGUGCUGUGACGUAGUCGAGGGAAAGUCGCAGAAGUCAGUGUGCUGUGCUAAAAGCAAGUCUAGUACAGCUCCUUGCUUUAGGAAAGACAGUGCCACCUCAGGGAGAUCUUCAGUUACUAACGUAUGUUCAAAAGAUGCCGCAACCUGUACGAAAAGGUCAACCAGGUUUGACGUCAGGCCGAUGAGAAAGAAGCAUACUUGUGAAAAGAUCUCGAUGAAAGAUUGCUCAUGCAAAUCUGAUCCUUGCGUGCCUAGAAAAACGUGCAAUUAUUAUAAACAUCCUCGAAAAUGCCAGUCUCUUCAUGACAAUGAUUACUAUUACUUUAGGUGGUAAGACUAUGUUUCUUAACUAUGUUUAGAAUUCUUUUAAAUAUUCAUAUAGUUCUGACACCUUGUAUUCUAAGAAUCUUCACAUUAGUAAAUGAAAUAACUAUAAA